AUUAAAUAGAAAAUAUGGAAAACUUCAAAGUACUUCAGACUUUAGGAUCUGGGUCAUUUGGAACAGUACAGAAAGUACAAAGAAUCGAAGAUAACCAAAUCUAUGCUUUAAAAAAAGUUAAGAUCAAUGGAAUGGAUGCCAAAGACCGUAAAAAUGCACUGAACGAGGUUAGAAUUCUUGCAUCCCUCAACCACCCACAAAUUAUUGGCUAUAAAGAUGCUUUCUUUGAUGAAUCAAGUAAAUCACUCUGCAUGAUCAUGGAGUACGCUGAAGGAGGAGACCUUCAGAAGCUUAUUGAUAAUACCAAGAAGAACUACAAAAAUAUAUCAGAGGGAAUGAUCUGGAAGUACUGCAUACAAAUGAUCAACGGAAUCAAAUAUCUUCAUGAGAACAAGAUUGUUCAUAGAGACCUAAAGUGAGCCAAUGUUUUCUUGACCAAAGAUGGAGAUGUCAAACUUGGAGAUCUUAAUGUCUCAAAGGUCAAUCGUGCAGGCCUGAUGUUUACUCAAACUGGAACCCCAUAUUAUGCAAGCCCUGAGGUCUGGAAGGAUAAACCCUAUGAUUCAAAAAGCGAUAUUUGGUCUCUUGGAUGAGUCCUUUAUGAAUUAUGUGCAUUAAGACCUCCAUUCACAGCUUCAGAUAUGAAGGGACUUUACAAUAAAGUUAUAAAGGGAGACUAUACACGUAUUCCGAAGAUGUACUCGGAUGAUUUGGCCAAUGUAAUAGAUAUGUGAUUGAGAGUUACCCCUUCAAAAAGGCUAGGCGCUCAAAGUUUACUAAGAACAAAAGAAAUUGUAAUUCACUUAAGAGAAAGUGGCAUUGAAGAAGAGAAGAAAGAAAGUUCAACAAACCUUCUUGAUACAAUCAAGUUACCUUCAAAUUUUAAACUAUUAAAAGAAAGACUUCCCUCUGCUAAGUAUGAUUCUGCUUUAGAAACUAUUGAACCAACAAAACCUAAGGUUAGAAAUUAUUCUGCUCGAGGAAAAACUGGAUACGAUUUGAAUGGAAAUUUAAGAAAAGAAAAUAGUUAUAGUGCUCUACAAAGAUACAAAAACAAGCCAUAUUAUAUUGGCAGACACCAAAGCAACAACAGAGUUGAAAAAUGCCAAAGGGCAGCACUUCUUCCUCCCAAAAGCAAUAGGCAUGCUCAUUAUAAUAGGAAUUAUGAUAGGCCAGGAUUACAGCUACCACCUAUUCCUAAAGCUACUCCUGGAAUCCCUUCUAUACCAAAUUAUAGAAAUAGAGCUAGUAGUAUUGAUCAUAGAAGACUCCUCCCUCCUCGUAAGCCAAGCAGCAACAGGUCGCUGGACUACGAUUCUGGCUAUCACAGAAGAAAAGCAGAUAUUGCUACUAGACAUAAACGCCAACAAAAAUUAAUCAGUAAAGCAUUUGGUUUACCUAAUACAAAAAUUAUGUAA